CGACCGCCCAGUCUGUCCUGCGCUCGUACAGUUCUCCUAUUCAUCCUCUUACUCCCAGUGCUCCGCCCGCAGCCGCCACCAUGUCCAUCAAGAUGAGCAAAGUCACUUACCGCACCACUAGCUCCGCGGCCCCGCGCUCCGGCGGCUUCAGCAGCUACUCUUACAGCGGAGCCCCGGGUGUCAGCAGAGCCAGCUCCGCGUCCUUCAGCCUGGGCUCCAGCUAUGGUGGAAGCGGUGGCUCCAGGUUCGGCAGUGGCUACAGGACCGGCUAUGGUGGGCUGGGGUCAGCAGGUGUGGGCUCUGCAGGGAUCACCUCCGUCAGCGUCAACCAGAGUCUGCUGGCCCCCCUGAACCUGGAGAUCGACCCCAACAUCCAGCAAGUCCGCACGCAGGAGAAGGAGCAGAUCAAGACCCUCAAUAACAAGUUCGCUACUUUCAUUGACAAGGUACGUUUCUUGGAACAACAGAACAAGAUGUUGGAAACCAAGUGGAACCUCCUCCAGAACCAGAAGACCACUCGCAGCAACAUGGAUGGCAUGUUUGAGGCAUACAUCCAGAACUUGCGUCGGCAGCUGGACACUCUGGGUCAAGAGAAAAUGCGCCUGGAAUCAGAGCUGGGAAACAUGCAGGGUCUGGUAGAGGACUUCAAAAACAAAUACGAAGAUGAAAUCAACAGGCGGACUGAAAUGGAGAAUGAAUUUGUUCUGCUUAAGAAGGAUGUGGAUGAGGCAUACAUGAACAAGGUGCAGCUGGAGGCAAAACUGGAGGGACUGACAGAUGAAAUUAACUUCCUUCGCCAUCUUUAUGAGGAGGAGCUCCGUGAGCUGCAAUCUCAGAUCUCAGACACUUCCGUUGUGUUAUCUAUGGACAACAACCGAAACCUUGAUCUGGAUGGCAUCAUUGCUGAAGUCAAGGCUCAGUAUGAAGAUAUUGCCAACAAGAGCAGAGUUGAAGUAGAGAGCAUGUACCAAAUGAAGUACCAGGAACUUCAGGCUUCCGCUGGGCGCCAUGGUGAUGACCUCAAAAGCACCAAAACUGAGAUCAGUGAGCUGAACCGAUACAUCACGCGGCUGCAGUCUGAGAUUGAUGCUCUGAAAGCACAGCGUGCAAACCUUGAAGCACAGAUCGCAGAAGCGGAAGAACGUGGGGAAUUAGCAUUGAAAGAUGCCAGGUCCAAAUUGGCAGAUCUGGAGGCAGCUCUACAGAAGGCCAAGCAGGACAUGGCGCGUCAGCUCAGAGAAUACCAGGAACUGAUGAAUGUCAAAUUGGCUCUGGAUAUUGAGAUCGCCACCUACAGGAAACUGUUGGAAGGAGAGGAAAGCAGGCUGGAAUCAGGCAUCCAGAACGUUAGCAUUCAGACCAAGACAACUGGUUACUCAGGAGUUAGCAGCAACUACAGCGGUGGACUGUCAAGCGGAUUUAGUGGCGGAUACGGUAGUGGAUUUGGCAGCGGAUUGAGCAGUGGAUACGGUGGCGGAUACAAUGUCUACUCCAGCAACGUAAGCUCCUCCCCCCUGGAAACUUCCAGAACCAAACGCAGCGUUGUAGUGAAGACAGUUGAGACCAAAGACGGAAGAGUGCUGUCCGAGUCCUCAGAUGUGUUCACAAAGUAAUGAGCGUCUUCUCUGCUGAUGCACAGCGCUGUCCCACAGCCAGGAUUCUUUUACGGAUGAGCCUCCAAGGCAGAAAUCAGGACUAUUGGGGUAGAUGACUAAAAUCUUUUCCAAAAUUUACCUUGGACAUUUUUGUAAACCUGGAACAAGCUGCCUAGCUUGUGCCUCUAACAUGGCACCUGCGCUAGUGACAGUAAACGGUGCUAUCCCAAAUCAUAGAAUAAUAUUGUUUACCUGUUUCUGAAAGUGAGGUGAUGGAAGGAACUGACCCUGUAACACUGCGGUACCCAUGACCCCAGCAUCUUGUACUGAUUCCCUCCCAGCAGGCUCAACUUAAGGCAGGCUUGGCUUUCUGUGGGCUCAGCUGUGCUGUCUCCACCUCCUUUCUCUCUUUGCUUUCUGUGCAAUUCUCACAACAAACAUCGCAAAUCAGAGCUAAGUAAAACCUCUUGCAAUGUGCCUUAUCACCCAUCUCGCUGGGUGGAUACUGGAAGUGCUCGUCUUGUCUUUCAGCUUCCAUAAAUCUACUAAUAAACAGUUAUUUGUUUAAGAAAA